CCAAUGUUGGUGGGAAACGAGAAUGUCAUCCCGGUCACCGAAGCGCUUCUUGCUUUCACUGUCUUCUGCUUCACCUUCUUCAUCAUCAAAUCCUUCCAGCGGCAGACUCCACGUGGACUGAAGAGACUCCCAGGGCCAAGGGGUUACCCCUUGAUCGGCAACGUACUGGAUCUGGGGAAGAACCCGCAUCUGAGUCUGACCCGGAUGAGCCAGAAAUACGGGGACGUGAUGAAGAUACACAUUGGCACAAGACCAGUGGUUGUGCUGAGUGGCUUAGAAACCCUCAGGCAGGCCCUGGUCAAGCAGGGGGAGGCCUUCAUGGGACGCCCAGACCUGUAUAGCUUCCGACAAAUUUCCGAUGGCCAGAGCUUGGCCUUUGGGAGGGAGCCAGGGGAAAUAUGGCGCGCCCGCAAGAGUCUCGUUUUGAGAGCCCUGCGGAGCUUCUCAGCCGCUCCCAGCCUUGCGUCCUGCUCCACCAGUCUUCUGGAGGAGCACAUCUCUAAAGAAGCGGAGUGCCUGGUUGCAAAGCUGUUGCAGGUCAUGGAGGAAGGCAAGAGCUUCGACCCCAUUCGGUACAUGGUGAUCUCGGUGGUCAAUGUCACUUGUGCCCUCAGCUUUGGCAGCCGCUACAGUCACGAAGACCAGGAGCUGCUCACCAUUGUGAAUAUGACGCACGAAACGGAGGAACUCUUCGGAGCAGGAAGCCCGGCAGAUUUCAUCCCAGUCCUCCAGUAUCUCCCCAACCCCACCAUGAAGAAGUUCAAGGAGCUCGACAAGCUGUUCCUUGCUUUCCUUCAAAAGCACAUCAAUGAGCAUUAUGAGAACUUCUGCAAGGACAACAUCCGAGACAUCACAGAUUCAUUGAUUAUGCAAAGCCAGGAACAGAAAAUUGUGACUAAUCGUGGCUCCCGUGUGCAUCUCCCAGAGGAGAAGAUCGUUAAUCUUGUGAACGAUCUUGUUGGCGCCAGUUUUGAUACGGUGACAACGGCUUUAUCGUGGAGCCUCAUGUAUCUGGUGGCCUACCCAGAAAUUCAGAAGAAGAUCCAGGCAGAACUAGACCAAACUGUGGGGGGAGAGAGGAACCCGCGGCUGUCUGAUCGCCCCAUGCUGCCCUACACCGAAGCCUUUAUCUUGGAGGUCUUCAGGCAUUCGUCCUAUUUCCCGUUUACGAUCCCCCACUGCACCACCCAAGACACAGUGCUGAACGGCUUCUGGAUCCCGAAGGAUACGUGCGUCUUUAUCAACCAAUGGCAAGUCAACCACAAUGAGAAGCUUUGGAAGGACCCGUCCUCGUUCAGCCCAGAGCGCUUCCUCACGGCGGAAGGCACGGGAAUCGACAGGGCCAAGAGCGAGAAGGUCUUGGUGUUUGGACUGGGCAAGAGGAGGUGCAUCGGGGAGUCCAUAGCCCGCCAGGAGGUCUUCCUCUUCCUGGCCUCUCUGCUGCAUGCACUGGAGUUCAGCAUCUGUGAUGGGAAGCCCGUGGACCUGACCCCUUGCUACGGGCUGGUGAUGAAGCACAAGCGAUGCGACCGUUUCCAGGUGAAACAGCGGAUCCAGAAGCGGCGCUCUGAGGGAGCUGUGGAGAAUUCCUUUGGCCAGGGACCCACGAAACCCUUUCCAGCUGUUCCCAGUCGCUGUAGUGCAGGGGAUGAUGGGAAGGGAAGCUAA